AACAUCUGGCAGCUUAAUUCAUUUAAACUGAAAACCUUUGCUGUGAUGUUUCCACCUCCUCCCGCUAGCACUAACACUAAGAAGAGAGUAUCACUUCUGGUUUACUCCUAUGAGUAAAGCCGAACGGACCGCUAGCUCGACACUAGGGAGGUCUGAUACACAGUGUCUGUCAUCCCCCCCAUAUCCCCCUCACUGCUUGGACUGGUCCAUUUCGCAUCUGAAAAAAUCUGAUAGUUGGGAGAAGAGUUCUUCAUGCCAGAGACUGCUGUAGCCUCAGAACAUAGAGUACUGUAGCUCCUGGAUCACCUAAGUUUUUCUUCACAGAUAAGCAAAUGGAUGAGAAAGAGCUGAGCGAUCCCCUGAAUGACGUGUCACUGAUUAAAGACGACUUGACUAAGUCAAACAUGGGAUCCUCUGGUGACUCAGAGAAAAUGAUCCAGCACUUGAAUGAUGAUCUUCGAGAAGCCCAGGAGCUGGCUAAUACUGAGAAACACAAAUGCAUGGAGCUACAAGGUGUCCUGCAGGAAGAGAGAAAGGGAAAUAAGAAACAAGCUGAUGAAUCUGCAAAACAGAUCAAACAUCUUCAAGGUCAGCUGCGGCAGCUCCAAGAUGAAACGGGCAGUCUCAGAGAGCAGAUAGAUGUCUCCUCCAGUUCACACGGCGAGCUACUAAGUGCACGCGAUGAGGUGAAGGCGAUGAAACGUGCCCUUGAGGCAGCUACUUCUGAGCGGGACCGUGACGUCGCUGCCAUCCAGACUAACCUGGCAACCGUCUUGAAGGAUCUGGACAAAUGGCGUCAGACUGCCAACAAAUAUGAGCAUGAGAUUGACAACCUACAGCGUGACCUUCAACAACAGAGCAAGCAGUGGCAGAAAACUGCAGAAAUACAAGCCGGUGAGCUGCAGUCCAUGCAGGCGGAGUGUAACGGCCUUCAGAAGGAGUGUUCAGUCCUGAGAUCUGAAAAACAAGACACUGUGAAUAAGCACCAGAGGGAGUGUGCUUCCCUCAGGGCUGAGAAGGAGGAACUCCUCAAAUCUCACCAGAAAGACAAGGCCAACCUGCAGAGUGAAUGUGCAGCUCUGCGCUCUGAGAAAGAGGCAGUGCUGCAGAGGCAGCAGCAGCUGGAGAAGGACCUUGCCAGUUCACGUGCCCAGAAUGCUGAGCUGAGCAACAGCCUCAAAGCCCUGGAGAGAUCCCAGCAGGAGUUGGAGAAGAGGCUGGAGGGCCUGCAGCUCCAGCACCAGCAGGAUAGCACCAAGCUGCAAACCCAACUGGAGGAAGCAGACAGCCACAGCAAGGCUUUGCAGAGAGAGUAUGAGGAGGCUAAGACUGAGCUGUCAGACCUGAAGGAAAAAUAUGAGAAGACUGAGCAGGAAAAACAGUCGCUUACAGAUGAGUUUGAGGAGUGCAAAGCCAACAUGAAGGAAUUACAGGAGAAAGGGUCAAAGACAUCCCUAUUGCUGCCUGUUCAAGCCAUAGUCAUCGGCCUUAUCCUGGCUUUGCUGUAUUGGUGCAUCGGUGCAUUGUGGUAGUAAGAAACCAUGGUUUAUCUGGGGACCUGUGGCUGCUGUGGCUCUAACAGCUGUGACUGCUGCUGUGCUCUUCAGGAUCUGAGGGCAACGUGCUCAAACACACACAAACAUGCACAAAAAGAAGUGAAUCCAUAUUUGUCAUCAGAUUUCUUCGCACUGAAACUGAAAAACUUGCCCCCGUAUCAUAUCUGCACUAUUAAUUAGGAGGGCUCAUACUUAACACUGUUUAAUUUUUAAGAUGCUCUAUUUUAGAUGACGGAGAUGUUAAUAAAAGAAUGUCAGAUUUGUGUGCAAUUACAAAUAUUUGUAUGCCUAUUAUUAUUUGAAGGAAAUAUAGGGUUGUGUUUUCUUGUUUACUAUCGUGAUUUAUAGGAUUAUCCAUUAAUGAAUGUAAAGAUACGCUACACACUUAAUUAGUUUAUGAUGAUGAUAUUUUAGAUAGAUCACCUCGAGUUUGAACCUCCCUAACUGUAACACAUCUCUGUAACUGUGAGUAUAAUAAAUAAUGUCACAAUAA